GGUCUCAAAUCGAAAAAACGGUAAAAAAAAAAUAGCUAACAUUUAUUGUUAACCAUUUGCGAUUUUCACUUUAUCAGUGUCGUCAUCAUCUUUCUUAUUGAUGGUAAAUAUUAAACGCUGCUCAAGCAAAAUAAGCACCAUCGUCCAAACGUGUGGCGAUAUGAGUGAUAAGAAAGCAGAUUACUCAUUUCCCGUUUACUUCGGAGACCGCUGUCAAGUCGGCGAUGAAAUGUUGCGCUGCCAAUACUUGCAACACUUGGACCGAUCGACUGCUGCGGCAGCGGUAACCGAGGUUGAAGUAAAGCCAUGCAACGACCAACGGUGUUCAUAUUGGUCCAAGCCUAACUCACCAACAGACGAAUCGUCUAUCGAAACCAGCAAAAACGAAGCAGAAAACGAAAAACGCGACGGCAGCACUUCGGUAGGACACUCGGACGCGAUGGGUCCGUUGAACAUAAUGGCAGCCAUAAUACCAUUCGAGUCCACGUAUGAGGAGCUGCAGUGUUCGCGAAGUUUCGACGUCUUACUCUCUUCGUCAAGCGAGUCGAUGGGAACUUUCGACAUCAGUCGUCAGAGCCUUGGUUCAAAGCUGUCUUCGGAAAGUUCAAUCGAGAUUCGGACCUUCGACGAUGACGAUGAAACGGGAGAAGAGGAGUAAGGUCCGCAGAGAAAAACGACAGAAGAAACGAUAAAAUAUUCGAAAUGCAGAUAAAAACGUCACUACCACUAGGUCGUAUAUAUAAUCCAUCGAGGUUUUUAUAAGUAGGUAUAAUAUAAUAUUAAAGCUCUGAAUGUAGUAUUUGUACUUUAUUUGAGAUUUUAAAUUCAUUUUAAACGUUUUUUAGUAUGCUACAUAUAGAUACCUAUUCACAACACCACACUCGUCAUCCAUUCUACUCGUAAAUAUUAUCAUUCAUUGGUUCCUCGUAAAAAAGAACUUUAGUUAUACAUAAAUGUAAUACAUUAAGCUUUAUAACCCGACAUCGUCCAAUUAACCUAAGUGUCUAUUGUUUUAAAUUUUGUCUUGGUGAAAAUACCAAACCUUUACAAACAUCAUAAUAAUUACAAUGAUUACUUUUAUAAAUUGACCGCCGCGUCCCACAAAAGAAAUUGUGAUCAAUAAAGAAUUACUCGUUGUGCAA